UACCGCUCAAUUAAAAAGCAAAACCUCCCACCAAAAAUAAAAUCCCCCAAGUCAUCAUUUCCUGCCCCCAAACUCAAAACCCUAAUCCAACGAAUUGUUCCUCUCGUCUUCCACAAAUUUACCCCUUUUUUCUCAAUUAAUCCCUCCAUUUCCCGAAUGAUCAUUCCCUGGUGAAAAUUCGCCUCACAUUCUCCCAAAUUUCCCCCAAAAAAAGUCCGUCACCGAAAUGACAGACCCCCAGAGGCCAGCUGCGCCGUCUGCGGACAACAAAAACGCUCUUUUAUCUCCGACAAGCUCCCGCUCCGUCACUGAGACGGUGAAUGGGUCCCAUAAGUUUGUAAUUCAGGGGUAUUCUUUGGCGAAAGGCAUGGGAAUCGGUAAGCACAUCGCCAGCGAUAAUUUUACAGUCGGAGGGUAUCAAUGGGCGAUUUAUUUCUACCCUGACGGCAAGAAUCCCGAGGAUAAUUCGACUUAUGUGUCCGUUUUCAUCGCAUUAGCGAGUGAAGGCACCGAUGUUAGGGCUUUGUUUGAAUUGACGCUAAUGGAUCAGAGUGGAAAAGGGAAACAUAAGGUUCAUAGUCAUUUCGAUCGCUCGCUUGAGAGUGGACCUUACACCUUAAAAUACCGUGGGAGCAUGUGGGGUUAUAAACGGUUUUUCAGACGAGCAAUGCUUGAAAGUUCAGAUUAUCUCAAGGAUGAUUGCUUGAAAAUCAAUUGUACUGUUGGAGUCGUGGUCUCUGCAAUAGACUGUUCAAGGCUACAUUCAAUUCAGGUCCCUGAUUCUGAUAUUGGAGCACAUUUCGGCAUGCUGUUGGAAAACAUGGAAGGUUCGGACAUUAUUUUUAACGUGUCUGGUGAAACAUUUCAUGCCCAUAAAUUGGUAUUGGCUGCUCGUUCCCCUAUAUUUCGCUCCGACUUUUUUGAUGGUUCAGAAGGCAAUCUUCAGGAAAUUAUGGUUACCGAUAUGGAACCCAAGGUCUUUGAGGCUAUGCUGCAUUUCAUAUAUAGAGAUACUCUUGUAGAAGAUGAGCUGGUAGCUUCUAGCUCUUCUUCUAAUCCUUCUGAUUCAUUGACGGCGAAGUUGCUGGCAGCAGCUGAUCGAUAUGAUUUGGGAAGGCUAAGAAGGAUGUGUGAAUCCUAUCUCUGCAAGGAGAUAUGUGUGAACUCUGUUGCUAAAACUCUUGCCCUGGCUGACUGCUAUCAUGCUGCAGAAUUAAAAGCUGUUUGCCUCAGAUUUGCUGCUGAAAACCUUGCUGCUGUAAUGCGGUCAGAUGGCUUUGAAUACCUCAGAGAGAACUGCCCUUCUCUGCAAUCUGAGAUCUUGAAGACUGUAGCUGGUUGCGAGGAGGAUUGUAGCAGUGGCGGUGGGAAGUCUCGAAGUGUCUGGGCCCAGCUAUCCGACGGUGGUGAUACCAAUGGUAGGAGAGUAAGGCAAAGGACAUAGUUUUAGAUGUAGAAAACUGUUAAUUGUUGUACCUUAUGAUACUGUAGAAAUAAUUUUUUUUUCAAGGUUAUAUCAUGUCUUCGUGAAUAGUACUUCUGUGGUGAGCGUAAAUUGGAAAAGCAAAAAAAAAAAAUGUAAACUAAUGUCUUUCGAAAGUCUUCACUAUGAGCUUAAAUAUAGGCUGAUGUGGGCUGACAUCUUAGCUUGCUAAUUUUGCGAGGAUCGGUCGUUUUCCAAUCAUCAUAACCUUGGAUCGGAUCGACUAUGGAAGAUGGUUUAGGUGUGGUUGACCCGAGUUUGAUGCUCAUAGAGUUUCAAGUUCCCUCCUAUUAGCAUGCCUUGCAAGGUGCCAGCCUGCAACAGCUAACUUGAUGGUAAUAAUCUCCUAUAGUAUUCAACAUGUUGGCUUAUGCUUUUGCAGACCCUUUUCAGUCAAGAAAUAAGCAAGCCUGGUAUCAAAUA